CGUGGCAGGAACUUCGCGUUCCUGCCACGCUACAUUGCUUGCUGUCGGUUCUUUUGCACCUAUGUUAAGUUACAAGCACGGGUCUCGGUCUGUUACGUGAUAUCCGUUCAGAAGCUUGUUAUCAUUAUAGCUGUUGAAGGAAAUAAAUCCAUGGGUUGUUUCAAUCCCUUUCCAUUUAAUUAGAUCUAUCCAGUCUGUCCUCAUUAGAAUGACUGGUGUUCGCCUCAGCGAGCCCUCAUCUUUUGUGGUGGUUUGCAGAAACCGCCCCUGUUCGUAUAUGGCUAAUAUAUCAACAAGCCAUCACAUCCACCUACGCACCCGACUUCGUAUGUUGACCGACCCCGGAGCGGAUAACCGUCGGUUUAUAGUUUUUUCAGCAGCAGCUGUUUGACGAUUCAGAGAAUCUCCCUGGUGAUGAUGUGCUAGAGUUGAGUUGCGUCGCAAGCUCACCACAGCAUCUAGAAAUCCGGUUCUUGUCCCGGCCAUCUAUCUCAAACAGACCCCCAACCGGCAAUCCAGGCGUUUAUGGCCGAUUAGCUUCAUUUCACCGCCGUCCUCGAUUUUUGGUCCUAUAUCGAUUCCACGGAUAUUGGAGACCGUCUUAGAAAAUUUUACAAUACAUACGACUAUUUAUCAUAGCCAUUGAGGCUGCAUUGACAUUCCUAUUCUGGGCAUUGUAUUUUCGGGAGAAAGAUUAUCAUAUGAGCGAGUGUUGCCCAUGGCCCUCGAAAGACUUCGAAUAUCAUGAACUGUGCAGCCACUAUCCCCUUAUUGAGCCGGUUAGAGGACAGUUUGACCUCACUCACGGCCAGCUCGAACAGAUGUCGGAGACUAGGGAAGGGAAUUGUACCGACGCAUUGCGACGCACAGACCUGGAUGGGCACCACUAGAUGAUAUUCGAAUUUCUAUAAUGUGGGUGAAAUUCGAUAACUCCUUGACCGCCGGCAUGUUUCGACUUGUUCUUUUCGGCCUAGCGGCUGAUACUCCUGGCCCUCCUGCAGCCAUGUUCACUAUAUGCGUUGUUCACGACGCUUGACAUUACACGGUCAGCAAAAUCCUGGGCGCAAAUGGUUCCUUUUCGCAACCUUCUCGAACUUGAUGCCCGAUUUUCUUUUCACGCCUAACGGAGUCCCGAGGAAGGACUGCGAUGGCUUAGUUUGAUGUCUAUCACCUGCGGGUAUUUAUCAUUGCCUUAUGUAUUCCCACCGAACCCAACUUUAAUGGCAUUCUGUGGGUUUGGGCUUGUGGUACUAUAAACAAUUUGUGGGGGAAGGUUUUAUAUUAGAGAAUCAAUAACUGGGCCGAGGAAACUCUUAACAUAUGAAAAUAGUUACCGCCGGAAAACCCCCACUGGAUAUAUCACAAACACUUUUUGAACAUUUUGACGGCUCGGUGUGGUUGUCUACCUCGGUGAAGCAAGCGCAAUUCAACCUUAGGAUUCCUCGAGGCAUCGUUCUUUUACCAGUGCAUUGCGGUUGUCGAGUUAAAAUUCAACCAGGCAACCCAGGCACAGCAUAACACGAUGUACUUCCCGUUGAUCAAGCAGUAGGUAAGUUCGGGUGGUUCAGAGGCCCCAGCACAAUUGUCAGACGAUCUUCCUGAUAGGGCGGCAGGCAAGGAAAGAAUUAAUUUCCGGGCGUAUAGACAGGUUAGCCAUGUAGCAACAAGUCCCAGGUUGGAAUUGUUCUCACGGAUGCGACCUGAGAAAAAAUCAUGCACCAGAUGUUCAGAAAUGAGCAGGGAGGUGCAACAAUUGUGAUGCCCCUUUUUUUUUUCUGACCCUAAGAUUGCAAUGUAAUCAUCCCCCAGAACAGUUUUUUGCCUGCUUUCUUUCUCACUCUCGACUCCCCGAAAUUACAGUACCUUUGUCGAAAGAUUUCCGAAGUGGUUUUGGACAGGGAGGAGACCUUGAGAAUCAUGGUUCAGUGCCGCGCAUGGCUGAAAUAUGCCACAAUAUACACCAGCAUGACCCUCAACGAGCAGGAAGACACCAUGGACAAGUUCAAUUUAGGUAAAGUCGCGGGCCGAAAAGUCCUCUUACCAACAGGUUCUUCGACUGGCGCUCAGAAUGAUCUGAACAGGCCCAUCAAGACAUCAGUCGCAUUCAGGGGGUUCAAGGACACAACCGGGAUAUAUCAGUAGUUGCAGCCGUUCUCAGACGGAGGACGGAGUAAUACCUUUCUUGAUCCGUGCGAUCAAUGACAAUGACGUAUUACGGUUCUAUUGACUCUCCAGUUAUACAUACAAAUACUGGCGGCUCCUGUUGUGUAGAAAAGUCCGGACCUUGCAGAUUGUUAGGCCACUGGGCCAAAAGAGCUUAAUCACCACCAGCGCCAUGGUGGUAAAGAGGCCCUCCAACACAGAUAGGGCCUAAUUACAUCCCGUAGAACCGAUGAAAACCUUUGGACAGAGAAGGAUCUGUCAAUCCGUCAACCCAAUCUCAGAAGAAGGAGGGUGGUGGAGUUAGACGAGUCCUUGCAGGAGAUGGUUAGGGAUCUUGAGAUGAAGCUUCAUGCCCCUACAGGUGGAGUCCUCCCAGAAGUCCUCAGAAACUUAAAUACAGCAAGCAUAAAAAGUGGGUUGGAAGACUCUUAUUGGCGCAAGGAUUAGAUAUAACUAGGUGUUAAAGCCAGCUCGCGGAACCGAAGGGUUGAGCUGGACCAAGUCAUCAACAAUGAUCCUCUUAAUCCUAUGCAGUUCUGCCUCUGUAAGUGUUGUUUCUGCUAAAACAAAAGGAUCUGGGACCCCAACAUCUAAUAAAAUGUCUUCAUCCUUGUCCUUGGGUCCUUCGGGCUGAGGAUCAUAGAUUUCACAACUCUGUUUCCAAGUCCUCUUAAGCCAUGUUCAUGAGCUCAUCAACUUUUUCCUUAAAGUUCUCAAGCAGGAUAGCCGUAAAUAGGUGUUCUGCUUCCUGCAAUUUGUCCUCUAGUACAUUAGAGGAGGCCUUAGACCCCCUGGGCUGGAUGAGGUUUGAUUACUUGUAGUUCCAAAAGGCCAGUGUGCUUUAG